AUGGAAGCAGCUCCAGUAGCCGCAGCAGCACCUGCAGCAGCAGCAGUAAAACCUGCUGCAGCAGCAGAAGCAGCACCUGCCGUUGCCCCCGCUGCAGCAGCGUCGCAGCCGGCAGCAGCAGCAGCAGCAGCAGCAGCACCAGCAGCAGCAGCACCAGCAGCAGCACCAGCAGCAGCACCAGCCCAGAAGUCUGAGGCUGUCUCAGCAGACAGCAAAAACUCAGAGGCUGUGGUUUCUGGAUUUGACCAAGAAUGGGCGGAGCUACAGAAGCUGCAAGAUCUGCAGGAGGACGCCGAGUUCGGGUCGCUGCUGCAGCCUGGAGAGGGGCCAGCAGCAGACAGUGCAGCAGCAGCAGCAGCUGCUGCUGCAGCAAGUGACGCAGACAAGCGUUCUGUCUAUGUGGGAAAUGUCGACUACUCUGCUACCCCUGCAGAUCUGCAGGAGCACUUUAAGGGCUGCGGCCCCAUCAACAGAAUUACCAUUAUGGUGGACAAGUUCACGGGGCACCCCAAGGGAUAUGCUUACAUAGAGUUUGGCUCGGAAAUCGCAGCGCAGCACGCGGUGCUGCUGUCCGACUCAACAUUAAAGGACCGACAGAUCAAAGUCGUUUCCAAGCGCAAGAACAUCCCGGGGAUGUCGCGGGGCAGAGGCGGCGGCUGGAGGCCGCGGGGGGCAGUGCCUUUCCGGGGGCGGGGCAGAGGCGGCGGCAGCUUCAGGCCAACUUACAGAGGGCCAGCAGCAGCAGCAGCAGCAGUUACUGCAGCAGCUGCAGCAGCAGCUGCUGCUGCUGCUGCUACAACACCAGGAGUUGCUGCAGCAUCUCCAGCUGUUACUGCAGCAGUACCAGCAGCAGCUGCUGCAGUGACAGUGGCAGUUGCUGCAGCAGCAGUAGCAGCAGCAUUUGCUGCAGCAGCAGUAGCAGCAGCACUUGCCGCCGCAGCUUCAGGAUUUGCUGCAGCAGCAGCAACGUUUGCAGCAGGAGAAACAGUAGCUGUUGCAGCAGCAGCAGAUGCUGCUGCAGUGGCAGCGGCUGCUGCUGCAGCAGCAGCAGAUGCUGCUGCAGUGGCAGCAGCUGCUGCUGCAGCUGCAGCAGCUGCUGCUGCAGCUGCAGCAGCGGCUGCUGCUGCGCCGUGCUGCGCAGCGCCUCAGCAGCCUCCGAAAACGACACUUGCAGCUGCAGCAGCAGCAGCAGCUGCAGCAGCAGCAGCUGCUGCUGCAGCAGCAGCAGCUGCAGCAGCAGCAGCAGCAUCUGCUGCAGCAGCAGCAGCAUCUGCUGCAGCAGCAGCAGCAUCUGCUGCAGCUGCAGCAGAAGCUGCUGCUGCUGCUGCUGCUGCAGCAGCAGCUGCAGCAGCAGCAUGGCCCUGGGGCCCUGGGCCGGCCUUGGCUGCUUAG